AUCAUCGCUGGACCCAGGCGGUUGUGUCGAUCUCCGCUCCAAUUGGAGACAAGGUCCAAACCAUGGCGGAGAAGGCUCAAAAGAGUGUGAAGAUUGCUCCUGGAGCAGUUGUGUGUGUAGAAAGUGAAAUCCGGGGUGAUGUAACCAUAGGACCUAGGACGGUGAUCCACCCCAAAGCGAGGAUUAUUGCUGAAGCCGGGCCGAUAGUGAUUGGUGAAGGUAACCUCAUAGAAGAACAGGCGCUUAUCAUAAAUGCUCACCCUGAUAAUAUCACCCCUGAUGCUGAAGAUCCAGAACCGAAACCUAUGAUCAUUGGCACCAAUAAUGUGUUUGAAGUUGGCUGUUAUUCCCAAGCCAUGAAAAUGGGAGAUAAUAAUGUUAUUGAAUCAAAAGCAUAUGUGGGCAGAAAUGUAAUAUUGACAAGUGGUUGCAUCAUUGGGGCUUGCUGCAACCUGAAUACGUUUGAAGUCAUCCCUGAGAAUACAGUGAUCUAUGGUGCAGAUUGCCUUCGUCGGGUGCAGACUGAGCGACCACAGCCCCAGACACUACAGCUGGAUUUCCUGAUGAAAAUCUUGCCAAACUACCACCACCUAAAGAAGACUAUGAAAGGAAGCUCAACUCCAGUUAAGAAUUAAGAACAAUAUAUGACAUCAAGAUAAUAGUUUGUCUUUGACCACUGUCUUUUGAAAGGGCCACAGUGUUCCUGCAGUCUUAGCAGUUCCCAGAAUAAUACAUGCUGACUUUAUUUUGUAAAAUUGAGUCAGAGAGGAAGGUAAUGGAUUUUCACUGUAACUGUCCUCUAUAAUUUAUAUAAAAUGCAUUAUUUUCCUAUAUCCUUGCUCCUUUUCUGAGAAUUUACAGGUUUGGUUUAUUUUUCUUUUGUCAUAUAAAAUGUUGGCCCUGGAAUUUAGUUGUAUAAAAGAUUCCCCGUGAUAAGAAAGGACAUAUUGUUAUGUAUUUAUAUUCUAGCAUAUAUUGUACUAAAUAAAAAUGCUAAUGACAGGACUUUAGUGAAUAUACUUUA